AUGGCAUCUGUAAACAGAACCAGUGAAGUAAUUAAAAAAUGUAAAAUAAACAAACAACGUCUCCUGGAAGAGAUAAAUGAGAAGCGUGAAUCCAACUGCUUAGUGGAAAGAAGCAAUCAAGUCAGUUUACUGAGAGUUCAAAAGAGGCAUUUCAGUAGUGCCUAUAAGUCCUUUACUGAUGCCAAGAUCAAAGAAUCUGUUCCUGACAGUGGCAGGGGCUCCUGGGUCAAACCGAGUAUCCUUGUUCACAUGGAGAAAAGGCACUUUCCACCGAAAAGUAAUGCCAUAUUUGGAUAA